AUGCCGGUCCAGUUUUCCAUGACAGACGAGACCAUCUUCCAGGACGAUCUCAAGGCUGCCGAGAAGCUGUUUGCUGGCUACAGUACUGAGGAGAAUGAUCUUGACCUGCUGCAAGAGCUUGUACCGCCUGAAGUAGAGUCUCGCCUUCUGAGAUUGUAUUCUCAAUUUGUUCAUCCUUGGUACCCGGUACUAUCACUCCGGGACCUUCAGACCCCCCUGGACCGAGAGUGUCGCCUCUCCGCCCCGAUCGGCAUACGAAGCGCCGUCUACGCCCUAGCCGCACCGUUCACAUUCCUAGACGACGAGCUAAGUGUCAUGAAGGCAUACUGGACAGUUCCGACGGAUGAUCUCUGGGCCAUAGCGCAUAGAAGCUUCCAGCGGGCAAGCCGGCUCGCGCACCUCUCCCUUCUACAGCUAUGCCUGCUGCUGCUCCAGACGCCCCCGCAGAAUUUCGCAGUGGCGGACCCUCCGAGCUUCUGGUCCCUGUCCUGCUCUGCCCUGGCAAUAGCGGAGAGUCUGGGGCUGAACAUGGAUCCAUCGAGCUGGAAGUUACCUCAUCGCGAGAUCAUGCUCCGAAGAAGGCUCUGGUGGCUGACUUAUAUGGGACACACGUGGCGGGCGCUGGUGUGCGGCCGGCCGUCGCACAUCAACGACUCGAAUUGGGACGUCCUCGAUCUUACUGAAGACGACUUUGAGGGAAUAGAGCAUCCGGAUGACGAUGUUCGCCAUGCGAUUGUGCGGCAGGUGUCGAUCUGCGUCGCCAACUGCAAACUGAGUAUGAUUGCAGCUGAUGUCCUGAAAGAGUUCUACACUCUGAGGGCAAACCGUGAAGCCGUGUCUCUGAACUCGCUCCUAGCCCGGGCGCAGCCGUUGCGUGCACGUAUUCAGUGCUGGCGGCAGACUCAUCCUCUCCUAUUAAAGCCCGUGUGCGAUCUUAGCGAAGACGAAUUCGCCGACAGCGUCUCUCUCCGUCUGUCGCAUCUAACUUUGGAGAUUCUCGUCUUCAGAGCUCUGCUCCGGCCCCUGCAUCCCGGUGCCACAUCUGCCACGGACGCUUCCCAAGAACCGAUAUCCACCAUAUUUGAGAAUUGCUACAUGUGCGCCAAGGUGACGUCUGAAGUGGUAGCAUCCCUACAGUCUAGGCACUUCACCAGCUUCUGGUAUCCUGGGUACUUUGCAGAUGUUCGCUAUCAACUGUGCUAUGUUUCGACCUUUAUCCUGCUGAAUUUCGCUCAGUCUACCACGGAAGAGAGUGCAGUUAGGAAUAAAGCCCUACUGAGUAAAUGGAGAGAUACACUCCGAAUCCAGGCUCGGUCAUGGCCACUGGCCCGACUCGCUGCAGUGAGAGUGGAUGCGAUUUUCUGGAAAGGUAUACAGCCAUUGAUCGACGGGGCUGGCCCCGAAAGCCCUGCCGUAAGGCUAUUGAGGGAAGAGGGCAUACGCAAGAGACUUGUGAAAGAACGAAUGAAUGAAUGA